AUGGUCAGUUCUCAUACCACGUUAAUCAAGCAAAUUGAGAAUCAAUUAGGAGAUAUUUCAUCUCAACUGAAUGUGAGGCCACGCGGAGCAUUGUCAGGUGAUAUUGUUGUAAAUCCAAAGGGAAAUGAUGGUAUAGGCCAUGUCUUUGCAAUUACCACGAGGAGUGAUGUAAUUGAUAUACCUCCCAAAGGAAAUGAAGUAAUCAAAGAAGCAACUAAGGAGGCUUCUAAAUCCUACAAGAAGCUACCUAGACCACCUCCUCCUUAUCUACAGAGGUUUUCCAAACAACAAAAAGAGGGACAGUUGCAGAAAUUCUAUGACAUGUUGAACCAGAUCAUUGUUACUGUGCCUUUUGUAGAGGCACUUGAGAAAAUGCCAGGGUAUGCCAAGUUCAUGAAAGACUUGGUCACCAUGAAGAAAAAUCGUCAAAGUGACACAUUAGUACAGUGCAAUCAUUUCACAAAUCAGAAUGAAAAUAAUGGAGGAUCCGGGUUCAUUAUACCUUGUACGAUUGGUGUGACAAGUUGCGCCAGAGCACAUAAUGGCAGAUUGGGUGUGUUUAAUCUAAUGCCUUACGCUGUGCUUAAGAUAUUCGGUUUGGGUAAUCCAAGGCCUACCUCUAUGAAGCUUCUUAUGGCGGAUCGAACUCUAAAACAUCCGUUUGGGGUCAUUGAUGUCAUUCUUGUCAAUGUGGGUAAUUUAUACUUUCCAGACGACUUUGUGAUAAUGGACUGCGAAGAGGAUAGAGAGGUCCCCAUCAUACUUGGUAGACCAUUUUUUGCUACGGGGCGGGUCAUUUGA